AAGGUCGACCUUUGUAAGACCGAAAUUACCUACCGCGGUUUUUGAGAUACAUAGGUCUUUUCCGUCCUUGGCAUUACCUGUGACUUACCGGUCUACGCGAACUUAUAUAUUGGAGCGCGAUUUUUUUAGAACGACCGCCAAUGAGGUGAAUAAGACUAGCACAAACGCAACAGACAGUGUGGCGACGAAGUUGUUCUGGCUUGUGACAGACAGUGUGAACAAGUGGUUGUUUUUCGUAAUUGGACACGGCGUGUAUGCUGCCAGACCAUGUUUGACCUGAACACAUUUAGAAGGCUUCCAUUAGCCACUGCCAUAAUUGGGAUAUCGCUGUGUUUGCCCUUCACUUUGGCGUGUUUCGGGAGAACAAUGCUACGAGGCGAUGGUGUCACUGAGCAGGAAAAGCGAAUAAUAUUGGAUGUACAUAACAGGAUGAGACAGGCCGUUGCCUUGGGUCAGAUAGAUGGUCAACCCCCCGCCUCCAAUAUGAUUGAGAUGAAAUGGGACAAUGAAUUAGCAGCUAAAGCACAGCAAUGGGCAGUGUCUUGUUCUGCUUCAAGGCACGAUGCUUACAGGCACAUAGAUAGGUUCCUGGUGGGACAGAAUACAGCCACAACGUGGACAACAAAAACACCCACAGAUUACUAUGAACUGGAAUCUGACUUUCCAGGAGCAAUACACAAGUGGUUUGAUGAAGUGAGGAAAUUUAGAUUUGGAAAGCAGUCUCACCCAGGUGCAGGACAUUAUGCUCAGAUGAUCUGGGCCAACACCAACCUCAUCGGAUGCGGAUACAGCUUCUACCACAGCCCAGAGCGGGGAUUCACCAAAUAUUACGUUUGCAACUACGGACCCAGCGGCAACGUGGACGGAGAGAGCCCGUACAGGAAAGGCUAUCCCAGCUGUUACGAGUUCGGCCUGGAAAACUCCAGGAAAUACGCAGGAUUGUGCGAUAAACCAGGAAGCAUCCAAACAACCCCAUUCUUUACUUUCCACAAUUUUAUUGGAUAAAAUGAGGACUUUAUUCAACUUUGUAUAAAAACAUGGAUAACCAGAAGCAAUGGAAGAGAUCCAGGUCUAUAUACACUCGAUUUAGUAGAGUAUAUUAAAUUUUUAUAUGUAUAUAUUGUGAUAUUACCGAUCUAGGGUACGUAGGGUAGUAAUAUUUCUCUUUGUUAUCUAUCUCAGAUUCCGAAAAUCCCCAAAAAUUGUCAAUCUGCGAAUUGAAUUCAUUUCAUGAACCAGAAAUUAUCUAUUACCAAAAAAUGAAAUGUUCCAAUUAUGUUAAUGUAAAAUUUGUUGAUACUGAUAGGAAUUUAUUCAUAAAACAUAGUGGAAUCAGUGUAAUGAUCGAUUGACAUAAAUGAUUUUUGGAUGGAUAGCGAAAUAGGCAAUAAUGUCGCUUCUGAUAAUUCGAUUGUUAUUUCAUUUCUCUAUUGAGCAAGCUCCUCUUGUUUAGGUAGGAAUUUUGUUCAGUUAUAUUACAGUAAUUAUGAUUAAGUAGCAAUAUGCAUUUUGUAUGAACAAUUAUUAUUUUAUAUUUAUUGAUUAUAAUGCAGUACGAG